AUGGAUCACUCCCACAUAACAACUAUUGAAGACAUUGACAUAAGUGGAAGCUUAGUAUAUGCUGAUGACGUUGUUGAUUUGGAGAAAGACAAUGAUGAAUUCAGAGAAGAUGAACAGUGUAAAAUCUUUGACGAUGAAAAUGGUGAAUGUGGUGAAGAUAAUGUACAUGAAAUUGUUGGAGAUGAUGACAGUGGGUUGAGUGAGGCCCCAAUUUUAGGGAGAGUCUUUAAGACAGCAGAAGAAGCUUAUGGUUUCAAUAAUGACUAUGCACAAUGUAAGGGAUUUGGAAUACGUAAGCAAUACACUAGCAGAAAGUUCAAAACGCAAGAAAUAUAUAGGUGGAAUUAUGUGUGCUCAAAGCAAGGUGUCAAGAAACAAAACCAUAAAAGAGUUGAUGUUGAAAAUGUCAAAAGGCGAAGGGAUUCAAGGACAAAUUGUUCAGCGAUGUUACAAGAAAAGUUAGUGGAUGAAUUAUGGAUCGUGGAGAAGUUUAAUGAUGCGCAUAAUCAUCCGUUGAUGUUGACUCCUUCAAAGGUGAGGAAGUUUCAUUCUCAUAGUGAUUUACUACGCUCAAAUUUCACUAAAUCACUUGUUUCUAAGCUUUUUGAGGAGGGUUUAACGUCGUCAAAAAUUUCAAAGAGGUGGUGA